AUGCAGCAAGCCCCUUCUGCGCCACUAUUUCCCAUCUUCCCCUCCACCGCUGCACUCCCCUCGCCGCCUCCCGUCCCCUCGCUCUUCCCCUCUGCCGCUGCACUCUUCCCCUCUGCGGCUGCUGCCAUCUGCGCCGCACCACCGCCACUGCCGCCCUCAGCCGGCGCGCUGGUCCCUGCAGCUGCUGGGGGUGGUGCGGCGCUGCCCUCAUUCAGCUCCUACCCACAGGAGCUGGUGCCCAAGCCGGCCCCGCCGCCGCCGGUGGUGCCUGUCGCCGCCUCGGCUCGAGCCUCCUCCUCUUCUUCCGACGACUCUGACGCUGACGACCGCAGUCGAAGGAAGAGAAAGAAGCGAGGCAGCGAUAGGGAAGGAGACAAGGAAAAGGACAGGAGGAAGAGGAGCGAUGAGAAGAAGAAAAAGCAGAAGCGGAAGAGAGAAGAAAGAGAGAAGGAGAAGGAGAAGCGCAGGAGGAGGGACGGCAGAGGGCGACGGCGCAGGGAUGAAGAAGAAGACGAAGAGGCGCGCAAGCGGACAAAGGAGGAGCGGGAGAAGGAGCUCCAGAUCGAGCGCAGGCUGAUGCGCGAAGACGUGCGAAAGCCGGCCGCACUCUGGCUCACCGAGCCUGUGGAGUACGCACACAACCGCACGACACACGAACCACCGCACACGCACCACCGCACACGCCACCACAUUCGCUAA